AUGGCGAUCCAGAAUCGGGAGGUUUCCACGUCUUCUCGCGGCACUAUGAAAGACAGAAGAAUCAUUGUUUCGAUAGAUUUUGGCACCACAUAUUCUGGCGUUGCUUGGGCAGAGACCAGCCGGCCCGACAUCCAGCAUGUCGUUUCUAGCUGGCCAUCGACCAACUCGUUCAAAAGCAGUGCCAAGGUGCCCACAGAGCUGAGAAAGGUAGCAACAGGCUGGCAAUGGGGGUUUGAGAUACCCGAAUCUGCUAAAAGAAUCCGGUUCUUUAAACUUAAAUUAGACGAUGCCGGGAAUGAGAGAGGAGAUGGAGAGACGCCUGAACAAUUGACAAAAAUCUAUUUGUCAUGUCUUCAUGAACAUUUUAUCAGUAUUCUGGAAAAGACCCUCUCCUCGGCGGUUGUCCGUUCAACCCCAAUGGAUUUCGUGGUUACUGUUCCUGCAAUCUGGUCGAACGCUGCCAAAGAAGCGACCGAGCGGGCAGCCGCGGUGGCAGGAUUCUGCGGGAACAGCAGGAUACAGCUCAUCUCUGAGCCAGAAGCCGCGGCACUCUAUACCUUGAAGAAUCUGAGCCCAGCGACCCUGCAACUUGGCAAAAAAUUCGUCGUGUGUGACGCUGGUGGAGGAACCGUUGAUCUCAUCACAUACGAAGUGACGAGAGUGGAUAAGCUGGAACUGAAAGAGGUGACUGAAGGCACGGGAGGCAGAUGUGGCUCUUCCAUGCUCAACAAGCGAUUCCGGAGACAUCUGAAGCAAACACACAGCGACAAAUACUGGAGCGAUGAACGGCUGGUUAGUGCAUUAAACGAGUUUGAGUCGUUCAAAAAGGACUUCUCUCCACGAGGGGAGCCUAUAACCCUUAAAAUGCACUCAAGUCUUGGCUUAAGGCGAAACAGGUAUACAAUGCCCCAAGAUGAGAUGAAGACAAAGAUAUUUGAUCCGAUUAUCAAAGACAUCAUUUGCUUGGUCAAAGAGCAGAUUUCAAUGGCAGGUGGUGGAGUUACCGCAGUGGUCCUGGUGGGAGGGUUUGGACAGAGUCGCUACUUGAAGUCCAAGGUUCGGGACGCAACCGGUUCAGGGACGCAAGUGCUCCAACCUGAGGAUGGCUGGGUGGCUGUGGUCAAAGGUGCCGUUAUACAUGGGCUAUCUCGGUAUGGACCUAUGAUGGCGCCUGUUGAGGUUGCAUCCAGAGUCGCUAGACGAUCAUAUGGGACGUGCCUCCUAGCCAGAUAUGACAUGAUGCGCCAUGAUCCGAGAGAGGCGUACUGGUCCGAGAAGGAAGAGGAAUUGGUAGUGGCCGAAAUGCUAUGGUUCAUUCGAAAGGGAGAGUCAUACCCAGAGGGCAAGCCUUCCACGAUCGAAUACCAAUGCGAUAUUCCGGUUACUGGGCAUGGCUUUGAACCACAAACAGAGAUUGAGAUAUUCUGCAGCGACGAGGCCACUCCGUCCAAACAUGUAGACCGCUCUGUCCGAGUGGUUGCUACACUCUCAUUGGAUCUGAACAAGAUUCCCAGUUCCGUCAAGCGAACAGCCCAAAUCACUCGGAUGGGCUAUCAUCGGUACUACACCAUCGAAGGAGCGAUCGAAGCUAGUUAUGGAUCAGCCAAGAUUACUUACAGCGUUAAGCUGGGAGCCUCGAGCAUGGCGGACAGGUCCUAUGGAAAGGUCGGUUUCUCUGUUACUGGCGCAUAUGGCGCUGGAAAUACCAGUCUUAACGAUGGCCCGCCACCGUCCACUCUCGCUGCUCAGCUAGUCGAAAACAUCUCCCCGUCCGCCAAGUCAUCCCGGUCCGACGAGAAUAGCGAACUCAAAGGCCUCUUUGCUGAGAUCCAGAAAGUCAAAGACGACCCUAGCCUACUCAAGACAGUAGACGAACGGAUUGAGCAUAACCACAUGCUGAUAUAUGUGUAUUCUCGCAUCAUCCUCGAAAAUAUAAAGCUCGACGACCCCUUCCUCGAUCGUGCCCAUAUGCGGACCGAGGUCUUGAAAGCCAUAAAUUUUAUGAGAUUCACCAUUAAGGAAACCCCAUUGGUACUGAAGCAAGGGACAGGCCGGUCUGCAUUCCUAUAUCGUGGCAAAGAGCCUCUGUGGAUUUGGCUCUUGCCUCAGUUGCUGAAGAUGCUUGGCCAUUCACAAUGUCUUGAAAUAGAGGAGUCCAUCGAAGGCUUUAUUCAGUAUCUGCUUGUAGUGAUGGCACGAACCGGAGCAUUGUGGGAAUUAGCAUCUUCGAUGAGUUCCUACCUUCGCUCAAUCUUAAGCACGUUGCUCUCCCGACUCCAAAAAUCCUCUGUACCCUCGCCCCGCGAAGACCCCUCCGUCGAUAUGCGUCUGCCAUCAAAUGUGACACUAGAGCAGAUGCUGGGCCCCGACUGGUUACGAACGACCCACGGUGUUCAGUAUACAAUAAGCAAAACUUCCCAAGCCCUGCGCCAGACCUCAAGUCUAGUCAGGGUUCUAGCGUUCCCGUUUCUGUCCCAUGACCCAACGUUUACAUUCAUUGCUCCACUUCCGGAAAACGGUCCAUGGCUUCUGGAUAUUCUGCUAGACAUGCACACGGUUCAAAAACGAUGGGACAUAGCCUUUCCCAAGAAGACAAUUUCUCUCCUAGAGUUAGCGCUCGAGAUCAUGCAUCGUAUAGACCACGAUGAGCAAUCGGCAUCAUUUCUUCUAAACAAGCUCUACGUCUUUCUUGUUCUCAUCUGCUCAGAGCUGGUGAUGAACCCAAAAGACUUGGUUAUGGUCGACCAAUCUGGUGACGAUGCUAGACUAAGCUUCUGCAAGGCUCUCGUGACUUUGGCACGGGCUUCAAUUGAAAAUAGAGCUGUCGGCCGAUUUGCCGAGUCAAAGCUGGUCAUUGAGUUCACUCGUGAAGCCAUUUUCGAAGUGAACUCUGAUAAUUGGAGGGCCUCGCAACUUUUGACACAAGCUAUUGCACUUAACCCAUCCCAAGGUUUAGAUGAGAAUGUCUCACCUUCAAGCUUUCAGAAUCCGCGCCUACAAUCGUAUAUCAAGAGACUGCAAUUCCCAUAUGCAUCCUGUCGACAGCUAAACACUGCUAAAAAGCCAAAGCUAAGACAUCAGGCUUCUGAAUCUUGGACAAACGUCCUUCGCAUACUAUGUGCGGCUCUUGAGCUGAAAGAGCCUGAGGAUGACAUAUCGGGUUUGGAGGGAGUAAUCAUAAAACGAUUUCCCGAAUCCAGUGAAUCCAAUCAAUGCCAAAUCCUCGAUGCAUUGUCAAAAUGCUGUUGCGUUCUUGACGGCGCUGCCUCGUUUUUUGUGGCCAAACCGGGAACUCUCACUGUACAAUGUUCAGUCUGUGAGAUCAAGAACUAUGAACGUCAACAGGUACCUCCAAAUGUGAGAAAGGAUGAUAUCCAGAGGAUUUUUAGCAGCAUUAUCCAGUUGGAUUCGCUCUCGCAGUCCCGGAGGCCAAGAAUCAUAGCGAUGAUGGCCCUGAGACGACUCGCGCUUCACUCAAAUGAUCUGAAUUUCCUAAAUCUUGAAAGGUCUGGCUCUGGCCAAUGGUGUCUUAAGUCGCUUAAUAGCUCUUUACGAGAGUUGCGAAUUGCCGCAGGAAGAACACUGGUCGCCUUUUUAAUAGUCAAUAAGCUUCCCACGAAAAUUUCAUCUCUCAACGAGUUGAUUCGGAAGAACAGACAAAACACUAUCUCAUUAUUAAAGUCGCUUUCUGAAAAGCAUCAGUCACAGUUGAUCGAAACCUGUAUUCUUGCCUGGGGCCAACUAGGCAGGGUAGGAGACGAGGAAGAACUGAAUCUUGUUUUGAUCCAGUUACUUGAAUAUCUGGGCAACAGCAAUAAUGUUGUAUCUGCGUUUGCCUUCAAUGAACUCAUGAUACUUGCAGAAAGUCGCGGAACGACACCUCGGAGACUUCUUGACCCAUAUUGGAGAAAUCUGGCCUAUCUAACAACUAAAGACAUGGUUCACCGGCCUCAACGCAGCCGAGCAGUAGCCGAGCUUCUGCAAAUGUCUAUCAGUGAGCUCUUGCUACUGAUUCAGGCCCACGCACUGCCGUGGCUCGUGCUUGAGAAAAGACAAGACGUUAUUCAAAAAUUGGCUGAUGCUCGCCAGGAAUCAGACCCUGAACACGUAAUAAUGAACAAUUUGGCCCCGAUUAUUACUUUGCUUCUUGUGCAAGAAGUUGAGGAUGUCACGGCUUUUGCCAACUCCCGAAUAGCUGAAAUUGCACCCAAGUUGCACCACACUUCCCUUGUGGAACUUAUCCGUUCAGAUCCUGUAUUGCUUGCUAUGGAGUUUCUCAAGGCAGCAGGAGACGCUGACCCUUCUCGAAAACCCCUAGUUCAAAGAGGUUUUCAAACGAUGGCUUCUAUCAUGCUGGCCGGAAACAAGGAGGCACGAAGCAAGAAAGCGAACAUCAUUGGGCUUUUUCUACAGGACUACCUGUUGGGCCUCAUAGCACAAUUUGCGAACAUGAUAAGCGACCCCUUUUCUAAUAACGUUCCUAUUAUAGAGCAACGACGAUACAUCCGAGCUCUAGAUGAAAUGAUCAAAUUUUGCAAGGGGUAUGCCCGGAUUGCUCGGCCACAGAUUUCUGCAUGUCUUCUGUCUGCUUUGACCGAGGAAGGUUUACGUGAAGCAGCCUUUACCGCUUGGGCCUCCAUGCUUUACAACCUAGACACAGAAGAUGUUGAAGCCCUAUUGGAAACAACCUUCUUCAUAACUCGUCGGUAUUGGGCACUCCUAGGCCAAGCAGCAGUCCUAAUUGUGAAAGACAUGCUUAAUUUUUUGCUUGAAAAAUACAAGGCGGUUAUUAGAAUGAGCUAUAUCAACAAGUUACCUCCACUCUCAGGACUACCAGGACUGGAACCUAUCGAGGCAAAACUUGAGAAACUUCGACCGGUCCUAACCCCCGAGACCGCCCUUGAGGCUUAUUCUCAGAGGAUUGGCAACGAUAACUCGGGGGUCGUCCAGCAAGCACUUGUCGAGCUAGCCACAUAUUUGAAGCAAGAUGAUGUAGCACUUGUGACCUCGACAACUUCCCAGCAACCUGGAUCUAUCAUCCCUAGCUUGCUUCGAGCACUUCUCGAUUGUGCGUACAAGUACAACGGACUUCACGUCGAGAUAUCUCGAUUAGUGGUAGAGUGCAUUGGCUUGGUUGGCUGUGUAGAUUCCAACCAGGUUGAAGCUGCCAGAGAGCACCGUUCUAUUGUCAUUUUAGACAACUUUGAAAAGCCUGAAGAAGUGUCUGAUUUCGGUCUGUUUAUCCUAGAAGAAGUGCUCGUUCCCGCAUUUCUCUCGGCAACCGAUACCAAGAUCCAAGGAUUCUUAUCAUACGCAAUGCAGGAACUCUUGGAAAGGUGUGAUAUCAAAACCGUAUGUAGCAUGCAGGAUACGGGUGUGCUCUCCGGAAACGAGAUCUAUCGCAAGUGGAUGGCGAUCCCUGAGAAUGUGCGAGAGGUUCUUGAGCCCUUCCUGCGAUCGAAAUACAUUGUAGCGCCAAUGGCCCCAACUGCAACUGCUUAUCCAGUCUUUCGUCCAGGUAAGCCCUAUGCCACUUGGCUGAGGACAUUCGUUCUGGGACUUCUUCAGAUGGGACAAAAUCCCCAUGCAGACAUGCUCUUUGAACCGCUCUCUCGAGUUAUUCGGGUCAAGGAUCUAUCAACCGCAGAGUUCCUUCUUCCAUACCUUGUUGCACAUGUGAUCAUCGGAGAAAACAGUGGCACAUCAGUCAAGAACUCUGUUCUUGAAGAAUUGAAGUUGAUUCUGGAGUAUGAAGCUGAGGACAGCUCGCCGUUGGUGGUAAAGGAAGACAUGAAACGGUUUUACUAUUCUGUCUUCCGGGUUCUAGACUAUCUCAUGCGUUGGGUUCAAAACAAGCGAUCAGUGCCUAAAUUGACGACUCUGGACAAGGAGAGCCUAACACGGGUUCAACGUGCUCUGGAUUUGAUCCCUGCGCAGCUCAUAGCACAGCGUGCGAUUCAGUGCAAUGAGUAUGCGCGUGCCCUUUUCCACCUCGAACAGCAUGCUCAGAAUGUGGAGCAGAAGAAGUCUGAGCCUGGGGAGAGAGUUCGCCUUCUCGAGCAGCUUCAGGACAUAUAUGCGAAUAUUGAUGAACCUGAUGGCCUGGACGGCAUCUCGGCCCAUCUUCCUGCGCUCGAUCUCAAUCAGCAAAUACUGGGCCACAAGAAGGCUGGGCGCUGGGGCGCUGCACAAACAUGGUACGAGAUGCAGCUGGUAGAGGAACCUGACAACAGCGAUGUUCAACUAGAGCUCCUCAACUGCCUGAAACAAGCAGGCCAGCACGAUAAUCUCCUGAAUCAUGUGGAAGGUAUUCGUGCAAAUAGCUCCAGCGAUAACCGCAUUAUGCCCUUCGCCGUGGAAGCUGCAUGGGUCACUGGUCGUUGGGAAAGCCUAGACAAGUUCACAAAUCGGUUCCAAGGCAGCAAGUUACACGACUUUAAUAUGUCAAUUGCCUAUCUCUUUGACUCUCUUCACGCAGGACGGGGCACAGAGCACUAUACUGAAAUUUUACGCGAGAUUCGUGAAAGCGUCUCUUCAUCCCUGAAUGCGUCUGCAACGACAUCGCUUCGCACAGCGCAUGAGCAGUUACUUCGGAGCCAUGUAUUGACAGACAUAGAGAUGAUAAUUACCGCGGGAAAUCAAAGUGAACCAGAACAUCGCAAGCUCUUAUCACUUCUCGAUAACCGUCUGAACAUGAUAGGGGCUUAUUCUAACGACAAGCAAUAUCUUCUUGGGGUCCGCAGGGCUGCAAUGAUGCUAACUAAGCCCAAAUUUGCCACUACAGAUAUUUCUGGUCUAUGGCUCUCCAGCGCGCGCCUGGCUCGGAAAACAAACCUAGUCAACCAGUCGUUUAACGCAGUAUUGCAUGCCUCGCGCUUAGGGGAUAACGGUGCAACGCUUGAGAACGCCAAGCUUCUGUGGAGAGAUGGGCAUCACCGCAAGGCAAUUCAGCUGCUCCAGGGCGCUAUUGAGCAGAAAAAGUUCAUGACGCAAACAGGACCUACUACCACAACCGGAACUGAAGCAAGUAUCAAGGAAAAUGGUCAAGAAAAGCUGCUCACUGCUCGUGCACAGCUCCUACUUGCUAAAUGGCUAGAUGCCGCAGGGCAAACCAAUGCCACAGCUCUGCGGGAGAAGUAUCAGCAGCCAGCAAAGACAUGCUCAACUUGGGAGAAGGGGCAUUACUAUCUUGGAAGACACUACAAAAAAGUUUUGGAAUCCGAGAAAUCACUCAAGGCCGAUGACCAAAGUGACUAUGUUGUCACAGGCGAAAUUGCAAGGCUGGUUAUCGAGAAUUACAUGAGAUCCCUCAACUAUGGGACAAAGUUUCUGUAUCAGACGCUUCCAAGGAUCUUGACCUUGUGGCUAGAUAUCGGCGCCGAUGUGGACAGGCCUCCUGAGGGCAAGGCCUCCGUGUCUCGUGAAUUACAGAAGAGGCGGGUUGAACAAUUGAACAACCUUCACCAAUUCCUCGACAAGUAUAUCCAGAGACUACCCGCUUAUAUAUUCUACACGGCGCUACCACAAGUAGUCGCUCGUAUCGCACACCCUAACCCAAGCGUUUUUGACCGCUUGACACAUAUCAUUGUCAAAGUCGUGGAGGCACAUCCACGGCAAGCCCUAUGGGGGCUCAUCGGGGUCAUGACAUCGAGGCAGGUGUCGGAAAGAAAAGCAAGAGCUACACAGAUUCUUCAAGCCCUAAGAAAUGGUUCUAAGAAAGUCGAAGGGUCGAAUUACGAUCUCAAAUCCCUUCUUCGGAUGGGGGAGAGGCUGGCUGAGCAACUUCUUCUCGCAUGCCAGAACGGGGAUUUCCACGGCAACAAGACGGUUCGUGCUAGCUUAACGCGAGACCUUCGCUUCAACGCUAAAUGCACGCCGUGCCCGCUCGUCGUGCCCGUGGAGAGCUCCCUCACGUGUACCUUGCCAGCAGUCUCGGAAUUUGUGAAGAGACACCAGGCAUUUUCUAGAGAUGUCGUUACGAUUGACUCAUUCCAAGAUGAUGUUUUGGUUCUCAGCUCGCUAGCCAAGCCGAGACGACUGACUGCCCGUGGCUCUGAUGGUAAGAACUAUAUGCUUCUUAUUAAGCCAAAGGAUGAUCUUCGCACAGAUCAACGCCUUAUGGAGUUCAACGGGAUGAUCAACAGAUCACUCAAACGUGACGCUGAGUCCAGUAAGAGGCAGCUCUACAUCCGAACGUAUGCCGUUGUGCCACUGAAUGAGGAGUGUGGUAUCAUUGAAUGGGUUCCGGGUCUCAAAACAAUGCGCGAUAUCCUCUUAAAUCUGUAUUCCAUCAGGAAAAUAUAUCCUGACUAUAUGUCUUUGAAACAGGUGAUGGAAGAAGCGUCGACGUCUGAGUCCAAAAUCCGGAGGUAUAUAGACGAAGUGGUGGGCCGCUUCCCCCCAGUUCUUCAUCUUUGGUUCAUUCAACAGUUUCCAAACCCAUCAGCUUGGUUCGAUGCGCGGCUGAGAUAUACUCGCUCAUGUGCAGUCAUGUCGAUGGUUGGGACGAUUCUUGGCUUGGGCGAUCGGCAUGGCGAAAAUGUCAAUCUGGAAGAGGGCAAUGGCGGUAUCUUUCACGUUGACUUCAACUGCCUGUUCGACAAGGGCCUGACUUUUGCAAAGCCAGAGCGUGUCCCCUUCCGGUUGACACACAACAUGGUGACAGCAAUGGGCAUUUACGGAUACGAAGGUCCGUUCAGGAAGUCUUCAGAGCUGACACUCAGUAUUCUGCGGCAGCAGGAGGAGACGCUGAUGACUGUUCUUGAAUCUUUCAUUUACGACCCAACCCUAGAUCUCCAAAAAGACAAACGGACUGCAAGAAAGGGUGACCAAGGAGGCAUCAAGCUACAGCCACAGAGCGUAGUGGAUAGCAUCAAGAGGAAGGUGAAGGGCUUGCUGCCCAACGAAAGCAUCCCCCUCAGCGUCGAAGGUCAAGUAGAGGAGCUUAUCAAACAAGCCGUGGACCCUCGAAACUUGACUUCUAUGUACAUUGGCUGGUGUCCAUUCCUAUAA